AUGCACUUGCUCCCUCUGAGGCAGAAGAAGUCUCACCUGAUAGAGAUACAGCUGACUGGAGGCAGUGUGGCUGAGAAACUGGCCUGGGCCCACGAGAAGCUGAAGCAGGAGGUGCCCAUGUCCACCGUGUUUGGGCAGGACAAGAUGAUUGACAUCAUUGGAGUGACCAAGGGGAAGGUUUACAAAAGUGUCACCAGCUGCUGGCACACAAAGAAACUGCCCCCCAAAAACCACCGAGGCCUGUGUAAGGUGGCGUGUAUUGGAGUUUGGCAUCCUGCCUGUGUGGCCUUCUCUGUGGCUCAAGCUGGUCAAAAGGGCUACCACCAUCACACUGAGAUCAACAAAAAGAUCUACAAGAUUGGCCAGGGCUACCAGAUCAAGGAUGGCAAACUGAUCCAAAACAAUGCACCCACCAAUUACAAUCUGUCCUACAAGAGCAUCAACCUUCUGGGAAGCUUUGUCCACUACGGUGAAGUGACCAAUGACUUUAUCAUGCAGAAAGCAUAUGUCAUCAGGACCAAAAAGCGUGUCCUCACGCUGUGAAAGUCUCUGCUAGUACAGACCACACAUCGUGCCCUGGAGAAGAUCAACCUGAAGUUUAUCGACACCACCUCCAAAUUUGGCCACGGUCAGUUCCAGACUGUGGAGGAGAAGAAAUCUUUCAUGGGACCACUCAAAAAAGACCGUGUUGUGAAAGAAGAAGUUGCCUAA